AUGUUAUCGAUGGAAGAUAGGAUAGCGUUGGAACUUCAAGAGCAAAAAGAAAGAGAAGAAGAAUUGAGAAGACUUAGAAAACAAUUAUCAUACGAAAACAGCAAAGAUUUAUGUUCAUCAACAAAAGAUAACGGAAACGUAUCCGAAGACAUGUGUAGCAUACACACAAAUGAUGACAGUACUUAUUCCGAGUACGGUAGCGAAGAAAAAGAACAUAGUUUGGACGGAAAUAACAGUAGAGUAAACACGCCUCAUUCAGAGGAUUUCAUACAUAGAAGAACUCGAUCAUUGGAUUCCGUUAGUUCUGGACACAGUUCAGGAAGCGGUUCGACAUUAAAUGAUAAAGAUCGGGGGGAUUCAUCACAUAGGAAAAAAAUAAGUGUGAGACCUUAUGAAGAUCCACAGGAAGAUGAAGAUCAUUCAUGCUUACCCGCUUACAAGAGAAUGGAAAAUGAAACACCCAUUGAAAGAGAAAUACGUAUGGCCAAAGAACGUGAAGAAGAAUUAAGAAAAGAAAAAGGUAUCGUUGUUGUUCGCGGUGAUGCAAAAAUAGAAUCAUUUAAGAUUCCAAAAAAUUUAAAUAAAAAAGAUGCUGUUGAAAACGAUACGAGAGACGUACAACAUAGAAUCGCAACGAAUAGAAUCCAACAGGAAAUUGAAGAAGCCAACGAGAGAGAAAACGAAUUGAGAACGGAGGGUAAAAUAUUGACAACAUCCGAAGAAAGAGUGACUAGAUUUACGCAGUUGGCAGAAUUUGCCAUAUUAGAAAAUCGCCAUAAAGAUUCUAGAAUGAAAAGAUCAUUAUCGGUUUCAACGUUACAAGUUUCCGAUGAGGGAAAUAAUAAAAAUAAAAUUAAUUCCGCUAUCAAAACUCCAUCAUCAUCAUCAUCAUCAUCAUUAUUAUCAAAUAGAAGAAGAUAUGCGCCAAACCCUGCUCAAAAAGGAAUAAUGCAACGUUUUAUUGCCACCAAAGGUAAAAUACCAUUUGGGUCGGUUAAUUCAGAAUCGCAUAUCAUGGGAAAUGAUAAAAAUAUUCGACGGGGCCCAAUAGGACGUUCCAUAACAGGUAUCGAUUCGAGUGCUUUGAUAAGAAAAGGUUACGUGCCUGCUGGAGAAAAAAUACAAGAAGAAUUAAAAGAAAUGGAAAAAAGAGAAGAAGAAUUAAGAUUACAACGUGCUCAUAAUCCGGUUGGUCCAGCAUCAUUUUUUCACAGAUCCCAACCGAAUCUUCUUAAUAUUUCUGACGAAGAAGGUGGUGAUGAUGAUGAUGAUGGUGAACUUCACAGUUGGACGAGUCACAAACAACAUAAAAAACCAAGUUUGCGUUUGUCUCAUUCAGUAUCGAAUCCAAAUUUGUUAGAUGACGACUGUUUAGAAAGAGUAAAUAUUAGAAUGCCGAAUAAAAGAUUUUCACUUUUGCAACAAUGGGAAGAUAGAAUACAAAGUGCUCAAUAA